CAGAUGGAUGGAUGUAGACACAUGCUCUCCAGUUCUGCAGUCACUUGAUAGAGUUCCUAUUUCUUUCUCAUUUCUUGCCUUCCCAGUUAUUCUGUCUAAAUGAUCUGCAUGGUUUUGCCGUCUCAAAUCAGAAGAGGUACCUUGAACAAAAGUAGCUACUGCGGCGGGAGCUCUGCGUCUUUCCCGCCGGCCCAGCGAGACGCGCUCUGUGACACCUGGCGACGCGCCAACGCGCUGCGUUUUGUGGGGCCACGAGCGUCUCGGUCCUUCUUCGCGGCCCAACCCCUCAGUUGCAGUUUGAGCAGCGCGCGCACCGCACCGAGGAGCUCGAGCCUCUCCGGUUCUCCACAGCAGCGCUCGCAGCUCCCACAGAGACGCGCUGAGGCCCCCUGCUGGCGGCGGAGAGCAGCGUCAGCACGCGCUUCACGGACAGGUACCGCGUCGGACAGCGGCGCACAACAGCUGGGCUCUUCGCGCCUCCUCACCCCGUCUCUCUCUGUGCCGCCCUGUUCUUCUGCGACGGCCAUUGCUGACACGCGCCGUGACGCGAGGAGCUUCCCAGUCCCAGUGCAGCCAUUAAUAGGAGAGGGGGGGAAAAAAAAAAAAAAACAAAAAAACCGCGCCGGCUGAGGACACGUCGGAGUGGACAUCUGCUCUUCUUCUCGCGCGGGUUUGCUUUCCUCCUGCUUCUCGAACCUGCGCCCCGCGGAGAUGGAUUCGGACACCACGAGGCAGGAGUCGCGCUCUUGCCGCCCGAGACUCAUCCGUGACAGAGGAACCGCGCGCGCUCCGCUCAGCGCGUGAAUUCUGAAUGUCACCGAGAGCCGCCGAGACGCUCUUCGCGACACUUGUUUUACUCCCUGCUCCUUCUCUAUUUUCACACAUGUGGACGUCGCGUGCAGGGCGCGCGCUGCCGUGGGAACUCUGACUUAGUCUUUAGCCGUAAUUGUUUUUCAUUUCCCGCAGAAACGAGCUCCGUUCGGACUCCUGACCCGCGCUGUGCUCCGAAUGCCCUCCAUGUUCCAGCAAUAACAUCCUUCACACUCUCGGAAUACAACCCAAGGCGUCGUUUCACUCCACAGCUGCCCCGUCGACACGAUGCCUUUGGGCGCGACGCCGAGGGGACGCACGCGGAGCGCGGUGUCUCUGUCGCGCGGUCUGGGCGGCGUGCGCGGUCUCGGCAGCCUGUCGAGGUUCGGCGACGUCCGCACGCGCUCCCGGGUCAUGCUGUGCCUCGGAGUCUCCCAGAUGCUGCUCGGGAGUCUCAUCCUGGCUGUGAGCUUCGCGGCGCUCGCGCUCACCACCUCGCCCAGGGUCCGGCAUUCGUGUCCCUUCUGGGCGGGAUUUUCCGUGUUGCUGUCGGGCCUCAUCGGAGUGGUGUCCUGGAAGAGACCUCUCUCCUUGGUGAUCACCUUCUUCAUGCUGCUGUCGGCCGUGUGCGUGAUGCUCAACCUGGCCGGCUCCAUCCUUUCCUGCCAGAACGCCCAGCUGGUCAACUCCCUGGAGGACUGCCAGCUGAUCAAAUUUGACAGUGAUGGGGUGUGUCUGUGCUGUGAGCUGCACCAGAGGAGCUCGGGCUGUACCAACCUGGGCGAGACCCUAAAGCUGAACCCCCUGCAUGACUGCAACACCAUCCGGCUGCGCCUCAAGGAGCUGCUGUUCAGCGUUUGUGCUCUAAAUGUCGUCUCCACCAUCGUCUGCGCUCUGGCCACAGCCAUGUGCUGCAUGCAGAUGGUCUCCACCGAUGUGCUGCACAUGUUCAUGCCACACAGAUCCCGUGCCCUGAAUGCCGACUGCAUGCCCCCUCACGGAUCCUUCCUGCACCAGACCCUCGACUUUGACGAGUUCAUCCCUCCUAUCCCCCCACCACCCUAUUAUCCUCCGGAGUACACCUGCACCCCCGGCAUGGACACACAGAGGGGUCUGCAUCUGGACUUUCCCCACUCCCCCUUCAGUACCAUCUAUGGUGUCACAAUCAAUAGCCCAGGGACCCUCUACCCCUCUGAGUUGCCCCCACCGUAUGAAGCUGUGGUGGGGCAGACUCCAGCUAGCCAGGUCACCACCAGCUUAGAGCAGCAGGCCACGGAGUCCAGCCUCUGUGAGCCAAACACAACAGCUGGCUUCAGCACUCAGGCUUCGGUAGACAGUGCCUCGCUGAUCGUGUCCGAGGUGGCAGACGUGCCGUAUCGUAGCUGCUCUUCAGAGGACCUGGGCUCCCUGCACUCCACCUCCGAUUCCUCACCCUAUGGGACCAUGCGCACCGCCCCAACCGAUGGCAGCUGCACGAGCCUGGAGCACAGCGCCCGCUGCUCACUUCGGCACCACGGCCCUGUCCACUGUGCUCACCGCGGCGAGGACGCCGAUGGUGGCUACAGCGAGUCCUCCCAGACUCAGGAUUCUGUCACCAACUGCACCCAAGACCGCUCCCCCGAUUGGUCUUCGGAAAACAUCAGCGCGCUGGAGACGGAGGAGCCAGCCAGAGUCACACCCACACACUCCAGAGAGAAAGCCAGUAGGACACUAGCUCUUUCCCUGCCUUCUCCUUCCACCUCUGCCUCUGCUUCUACCGCUCCAGCGGUGACCGACUCUGCUCCGAGUCCCUCUGCCUGUCCCUCCCCCUCCCCGCCCCCCCGACCUUGCGGUCACAAGCUGUGCUUCAGUGUAUGGUCACCCUCCUCAUCAUCCUCGGCCUCGCAGCCCCCCUCUAGCUCCGCCCUCAGCAGUUCCUCCCCCUCCGACCGACCCAACCCCCGCCGGUCGGGCAGGUGCUACUCGAAGCUGGCCCGAAUCGUGCGCUCCACCAGUGACCCUAUUUCCUGUACCUCCAUGGCUCGAAGCGAUGGCUGUGGAACUGCCUCUGCUCGUAAUCCACCACCUGAAGACUCCCCACAGACCUCACCUGAGACAGUGGCCUGCCCAGAGCACACAGCAGUGGUGGUCUCCUAUCAGGACUCGAGCAAACACAGUCCCCUUAGCCGCAGGAAGCGGAGGGAGGGUGGGAAAGUGGACAUCCGCCUCAAGCCUGUAGCCAUGCAGACAGUUUCCAAGGAGCGGCCGCAUUCGCUAGCCGACUUCAAGACCUACAAGGACACCAAAAUCUUGGUAGCCAAGUUCCUGGAGCACUCUAGUUGCAGCCUUCCCCCAGAAGUCCAGCAGGUGGUCAACAGCAUCAAGUUUGUCAUCAAGUCUGAUGAGAGGCACAUGGAAGAGGCCAUAUUCAGUGCCAACGUAAUUGACCGGGCGAUGAAGCAAACACCUCCAGGUCCUCAGAGUUCCAGGAAGCGCAACUGCGACGACUUACACUUGCGUAGCUGCGGGGCUCUGAGUUCUCCAUCCACUUCCCUGCGCCAUCCCCGUCCUCGCAAUGGUACCCAUGGCAGCUCCACCACGUCUAGGGCCCUGCUGUCCGACCGACCUCAGCGGCUUGUCAGCGUGUGCCGAGAGACCAUCCUCUGACCUCUGACGGUCCCUGCACUUGCACUGACCUCCAUCCACGAAAGAUCUCUGUCGCACAACAUUGUGCGAUGAUCAAGUCUCUCAUCCACAGAGGACCACCCUGAUGGAGCAAGAACAUCUGGGAGAGUAACAGGUUCUUUGUACUGAUCAAAUACACCCAAAUAUCUGCCUUCAUGGGACGUUUGCCCUUCUUACCUUAUGUACAAAACAAAGUGAGGUUUAAAAAAAAAAAAAAGUUAAGGACUUUUUAGGUCAAUCUAACAGGGAAAUCUUAGAAUUUUAUAUGAAAUUUUAAAUAGAAAAAGGAACUUUUUAUGCAACUGUGAAUG